GCCUAUUCGACAUUGUCCAAAACGUAGUUGAAGGUGAAAGUCGUCCCAACCACCAGUUCCAGCUUACUUUCGUGCUUGCGCUCCGGUUUUGGACAAGGUUGUCAUCAUGUCAGUGUUCAACGAAGUACCACAGGCCGCUCCAGUGGCUGUCUUUAAACUGACUGCAGAUUUCCGAGAGGACAAAGAUCCUAAUAAAGUUAAUCUGGGAGUCGGAGCGUACAGGACUGAUGACAACCAGCCAUGGGUUCUGCCGGUGGUGAAGAAAGUGGAGCGGAUGAUCGUGGAGAACCAGAACCUCAAUCACGAGUACCUGCCCAUCCUGGGCCUGCCCGAAUUCCGCUCCAGCGCCUCCAAGAUCGCUCUGGGGGAAGACAGCCCCGCCAUCCUGGAAAACAGGGUUGGAGGUGUGCAGGCACUCGGAGGGACCGGGGCACUGAAGAUAGGAGCGGAGUUCCUGCGCCGUUGGUACAACGGCCAGAAUAACACCGCCACCCCGGUGUACGUCUCCUCGCCAACAUGGGAAAAUCACAAUGGUGUCUUCGCUGAUGCCGGCUUCAAGGAUAUCCGGCCCUACAGGUACUGGGAUGCUGAGAAACGUGGACUGGCAUUGGCAGCCUACCUGGAAGACCUGGAGAACGCCCCGGAACGUUCCAUCUUUGUGGUGCACGCCUGCGCUCACAACCCCACAGGCACUGACCCGAGGCCAGAAGAGUGGCAGAAGAUCGCAGAGGUCAUGAAGCGCAGGAACCAUUUUGUCUUCUUCGACUCGGCGUACCAGGGCUUUGCCUCCGGGAGCCUGGCGAAGGACGCCUGGGCCGUGCGCUACUUUGUGUCCCAGGGCUUCGAGCUCUUCUGCGCUCAGUCCUUCUCCAAGAACUUCGGUCUUUACAAUGAGAGGGUGGGGAACCUCACCAUCGUUGCCAAGGACGGUGAGAACCUGACCCGGGUCCUGUCCCAGAUGGAGAAGAUCGUCAGAACCACCUGGUCCAACCCCCCCUCGCAGGGAGCCCGCCUGGUGGCCAUCACUCUGACCACCCCCGAGCUGUUCGCCGAUUGGCAGGGCAAUGUGAAGACCAUGGCGGACAGGGUGCUGCUGAUGAGGGCAGAGCUGAAGGCCAAGCUGCAGGCAUUGGGCACCCCAGGAACCUGGGACCACAUCACCAACCAGAUCGGCAUGUUCAGCUUCACCGGCCUCAACCCCAAACAGGUAGAAUACAUGAUCAAGCAGAAGCACGUCUACCUGAUGGCCAGCGGUCGCAUCAACAUGUGCGGCCUGACGACGAAGAACAUCGACUACGUAGCCCAGUCCAUCCACGAGGCCGUCACCAAGGUCCAAUAAGGGCCCGUCUGUAGCAGCCCCUCACUCUGGCCCCCGCCCGUGCACUAGCGAUGGGGGCCUGAGGCUUCAUGGACCCAAUCACCAUUAUCUGUGAGGGCACAGUCACUUUUCAGCGCAUUGUUGUAGUCUCUGUCUGACCUUAGACAGCGUGGUCUCCAAACCUGGUUCUGGAGAGCUACUAGGUCUGCUAGUUUAAAAUCGGCACCUUUGUUGAGACCCAGGUAACCAGGUGAGGUAAGUUAACUGUAAUCAACUGCUCUAAUUAAGUGUAGAGUAACAACUAGAACCAGCAGACCUUUCAGCUCAACAGUACCAGGGUUGGAGACCACUGGUAUCCAGUAACCACUCAUCGGGUUAAUGAAGUCUCACUCUCCCACCACAGAAGUAUGUCCUGAACCAGGAGGGGCUGUUGAUAGGAGUCGGUGCUCGAUGCGUCAUGUCUCUUUUCACCCAUUUUAUUAAUUUCAGCUAAUUUCAGUAUUUUUAAAAUUUUUUAUUUGUACCCACCUGUAAGUUUCAGGCCAUUAAAUGAGCACAUAGAUCAGGAGGGUGUCAAACUGUAAUCCUGGAGGGCUGCAGUGUCUGCAGGUAUUUGUAGUUUCCGUUCAAUCAGCAGCCAAUUAAGGCCGUGGGAACAAGAUGUGUGGAUUAAUUUCCCAUAACCUUCUUUUGCCAGUUGCCGGAACCUUGAAUGACUUGCUGGUGCUGAAACGCACAAAAUACCAGCAGACACUGUGGCCAUCCAAGUCAGGAGUCUGAAACCUGGGUUAUGGCAUGUCUGUAAUCCACGUGGCCCCAAGGCCUUUCUCAAACUAGUUAUGGCUCUAGUGAGUUGGGCUCGUCUUUAGAAAAGCUAGAAAACUACCUUGCCCUACCCCUCUUGAUGAAAGUGUGAUUUUUCAGUUGUCGGUUUUAAACGGUUUUAAGCACAAUGGUCCCUGUUAUGUAACUAUUUUCAGAUUGUACUGACUACCAUUUCAAAUACACAUUUUGCUGCUUCAUCUCAUCUGUAACGGUAAAUGUUUAAUCACCAAGCCUUAAAAAAGCUUAAUUUAAUAAACCAUUAGGUGGCUGCAGGUCACUUAAUUGAG